CAGCUGUCAUUUGAACUUGCAUUUUCAGAACGCGUUCCUCUGAAAGGGAAGUUCACCUGUUUUUCUGCUGUUUACUUCUCAUUUCCUCGAAUAACUUUUAACUUAGUUACCAAACACGGAAAUACUCCUCGAUGUCGUCUAUUCAAACGCUUAUCGAUAUGGGUUUCGACAGGGCGCGGGCCGAGCGAGCGCUUCAAGUGACUAACAACAAGGGCGUCGAGCCGGCGAUGGAGUGGCUAUUGGCGCAUGCAGACGAGGACAUUCCCUCCGAGCCACAGCGAACCGUCGCCGGUGAUCCAGCCCAGGCAUCUCCGGACGAAGGACCUUCUCAGUCCUCCGAUGCCGGUGCAUCGACCUCAGACAAUGGGUCUGGCGCUCCCAAGGAAGAGGCCAAAUCCCUUCGUUGUGAUGCCUGCAGCAAGUUAUUCGUCACCAGCGCCGAAAUGGAGUUCCACGCGGCAAAGACGGGUCACACAAGUUUCUCGGAAUCAACAGAGGAGAAGAAACCGCUGUCCGAGGAGGAGAAGAAAGCACAACUUGCCUUGAUCGAGGAGAAGUUGAAGAAGAAACGAGCAGAGCGGGAGGAGCAGGAACGCAGCGACGCGCUUGAGAAGGAAAAGUUACGUAUAAAGUCGGGUAAGGACAUGACUGAGGCCAAGAGGAAGAUGGAGGAGAUGGAAAUGAAGAAAAUCGUGGAGCAACGCAAGCGGGAGAAGGAAGAGGAAAAGGCUGCCCGGGAUCGGGUUAGGGCUCAAAUCGAGGCGGACAAAGCAGCUAGGAAGGCUCGUUUAGCAGCCGAAACUGGUCAUCAAAUAGAACCACCAACACAGCCCGUUCAGUCGCCGGCGACAUCAUCAACAACUUCAAACGACUCAACUGUGAAGAAAGAAUACACCAGCACUCGCAUACAAAUUCGCUUACAAGACGGUCGAACACUUACCGAAACUUUUGGUGUUAAAGAGCAACUUUCGGCCGUGAAAGUUUUCAUACAAAUGAAAUCGGGCAAUGAUUUGCCGUUUGGCCUUAUGACAUCUUUUCCACGAAAAGUCUUUACGGAGGAGGAUUUCGAGAAACCGCUGGAAAUUUUAGGCUUAGUUCCUUCGGCCGUCAUCAUCGUCACAAGAGCAGUUUAGGGGUCUUCUACGGAUACUUGCUCGUAGGUACAGACGGAAAUUAAUCUUAAUCAGAGUAAAGCGUGAGAGUUGAAGAAUAUUUGUUGUUUUUAAUAUUAUUUCGUAUUUUAAAAGGAAAUAUAAAUCAUUUUUAAUUUUUCUAUAAAACAAAAUAUAUGUGGAGAGACUUAAGGCAAGUGAA